CCUCUUCAAUUCACUCAUCCAUUUGUGUUCAACGCAACGCAAAUGAAGUCAACAAACCUCCUUUUCCUCUUUCCUCUUCUCUUGUUUUGCUCUGCCACAGCUUCGUCUUCAUCCCACCAACACCCUCUAGACCCUCUCACCCCAUCUGAGUUCGAUCUUAUUCGAACCAUAGUCAAAAAAUCAUACCCAUUCUCUCCGCCUAAGUUCACUUUCCAAUACGUCGGCCUAGACGAUCCUGACAAACCCUCUGUUCUCUCAUGGCUAUACUCCAAGAAGUCCCUUCCCCCUCGCAGGGCCGUUGUCGUUGCUCGUUUCAACAAGCAAAGCUUAGAGAUCACUGUGGAUUUAUCCAAACGCGCCAUAGUCUCCACAAAAGUGUACCGUGGCCAUGGCUUCCCCAUGUACAGUGUUGAGGAGCAAGACUCCGUCGCCGAACUGCCCCAUAAAUACCAACCCUUUAUUCGGUCCAUCAACAAAAGGGGUCUAAAUAUCUCCAACGUUGUUUGCUCCACUUUCACUGUGGGCUGGUUUGGGGAUGUGAAGAGCAAUAGGACAUUGAAACUUCAAUGCUACUACGCGGAUGAGGAGGAAACUGCAAACCUGUACGUCAGGCCUGUGGAGGGGAUAACAAUAGUGGUCGAUCUUGAUGACAGGAAGAUCGUUGAAUAUUCUGACACGGGCAGCGUUCCGCUGGCUCGACCUGAGAACACAGAGUACAGAUUCUCGAAGCAGAAGCCACCUUUUGGUCCUAAGCUCAAUGGGAUGACUAUGGUCCCCAAUGGACCUGGCUUUAGCAUCGACGGCCAUUCUAUCAGUUGGGCCAACUGGAAACUUCACGUAGGAUUUGAUGUGAGAGCCGGACCAGUAAUAUCUCUGGCUUCCAUAUAUGAUAUGGAACAGCACAAAUAUCGUCGGGUAUUGUACAGAGGGUACAUCUCAGAGUUCUUCGUGCCAUACAUGGACCCAACAGCAGACUGGUUCUUCAAGACCUAUCUCGACAGUGGAGAGUAUGGAUUUGGGCAAUCCAUGGUCCCUCUCAAGCCUCGCGCAGAUUGCCCUGCCAAUGCUGUAUUUUUUGAUGCCUAUCACGCCGGAGAAGACGGCAAACUCGUCAAGAUACCCAAUGCUAUUUGUGUUUUUGAGAAGCAUGCAGGAGAUAUCAUGUGGCGUCACACAGAACUCGAAGUCCCAAAUGAAGACAUCAUAACGGAAGUUAGACCAGAUGUUACGCUGGUGGUGAGAACAGUCUCAACUGUGGGCAACUACGACUACAUCAUAGACUGGGAGUUUAAGCCCAGUGGUUCCAUCAAACUUGGGGUUGGGCUAACAGGAGUUUUGGGGAUCAAGGGGACAUCAUACACCCACGUGGAUCAGAUAAAGGAGGAUGCAUUUGGAACACUGCUAGCAGAUUACACGAUCGGGACGCACCACGACCACUACUUGACCUAUCAUCUUGAUCUCGACAUUGAUGGCGAAGCCAAUUCCUUUGUGAAGACCAAUUUAGAGACCGUCACAGUAAAAGAUCAAAGUUCACAGAGGAAAAGUUACUGGACAGUCGCACUUGAAACAGCUAAAACAGAAGCCGAUGCUAAGAUGAACGUGGGAUUGAAGCCAAGCGAACUGGCAAUCGUAAACCCUAAUAAGAAGACUACGGUUGGGAAUAACAUCGGGUACCGUCUGUUCCCAGGCCCCGUUGCUCAGCCACUGUUGUUGAAAGAUGAUUAUCCACAGAUUAGAGGAGCCUUUGCCAAUUAUAACGUCAUGGUCACUCCUUACAAUAAGUCUGAGAAAUGGGCGGGUGGCUUGUACGCCGAACAUAGCAGAGGAGAUGAUACUUUGGCUACUUGGACUCUCAGGAAUAGGAAUAUAGAGAACAAGGAUAUAGUGUUGUGGCACACGGUGGGAUUUCAUCAUGUGCCAUGCCAGGAAGAUUUUCCGACGAUGCCAACACUGAGUGGAGGGUUUGAGCUGAGACCCACCAAUUUCUUCGAGAGAAAUCCAGUUCUUAAAGUGAGGCCUGCAAAGCCUGUGCGUGGGGUUAAGUGCACUUCACAGCCUUAAUUAGUCAAUUAAUCACUUCAUUUAGCCAGUAACGGCUUUCAUACAACAUGUAUUCAAUAACCGGGAGUCACGUGAAGGAUUAAGAGCUGGCAUUUAAUUGAAUUUAUAUUACGAAGGAGAUGUGCUUUAAUUUUCUAUUUAAAAAGAAAGAAAUUUGAGGUUUGCUGUGUGGCUGUCUUGAUUACUAAAGGGCCGGCCGAUUCGCAAUAAAAAAUCUACAAGUGUUCAUGUGCUUUAA